ACAAAAAAAAAGAAAGAAAAGGAAUAACCACCAUUUUUACUCUCUCUCUCUCCUCUCUGUCUCUCUGUCUCUCCUCGCUGUCUUCCUCAAUUCGAAGUUCGCAUCUCGCUAACGCUCUUCGCGAAUCACGUCUCUCAAUUUCUCUCUGUCUUUGAGAUCUCUCCGGGUGGUUUGUCUAUUGCUAUUUACAGCACCAAUCGUUGGGGGGUUUAGGGUUUUGUAUAAGCUCCGGAGAGGCAUAAAUCAUCUUCCUUUUAGCCAAAUCCGAGCUAACCGGGAAUGAUUCCGAUGGAUAAUUAUUGCGUACCGAGCACCAGCACGACCGGUUUAGUAUAUUCUCCGAAUUCGAGCAUGACCUCUUCUUCCUCAGGGUUUCACUUUACUGUGACUUCUCCGGGUGGACUUAAACAUGAAGCUUCUUUGGCUGUUGACUGGUCUGUGGAGGAGCAGUAUGUAUUAGAGAAAGGUCUCACAAAAUUUAAAGAUGAACCACAAGUUACGAAGUAUGUAAAGAUUGCAUCAACUCUACCAGAUAAAAGUGUACGGGAUGUGGCAAUGAGGUGUAAAUGGAUGACGCAAAAACGGAGAAAAGGGGAAGAACACAGUGCCAGCACGAAGGUUAGCUAUAGAAAGGUUGUGGAUUUACCCCCAAAACUGAACAUGUUCUCCACCGUUUCACACCAAAAUUCUCCAUAUUUCAUGAACCAGAGUGCACGCAUGCAUUUUGAAGGUUUAAAUGAUGCGGUCAUGGAGCUUCUACGGCAGAAUGCUCAAGCUUUCAGUCAAAUAUCUUCAAACCUUUCUGUGUCCAAGCCACAGGAUAACAUCAGCUUGUUUAAUCUGGCAAGAAAUAACAUCAGUUCCAUCUUGAAUGACAUGAAGAUGAUGCCUGGUAUCAUAAGCCGGAUGCCACCACUGCCUGUUUCAGUUAAUAAUGAUCUUGCAAACAGGUUAAUGACAAGUACACGACAGCCGAGAUCUUAUAUCAUUCCUUCAAACAUCCAUCUGAAGCAGGAGCCAAGAAACUGAUGGAUGAGGAAACACUUGAUUUUGACCAAUGCUAAAGGAAAUAAGCACAAGAAAAAACGUAAAAAUGGCAGUUGUUUGAUGUGACCUGGACUGAAAGAAGAUGGUUUAUCAACUGCAAACACACAAGAUUGAACAAAGAUCCCUUUGUGCUGUCGUCUAAUUUUCUGUUGGAAAAGGUUAACAGGUGGUUAGCCAAAACCCUUUCAUGUCUCAAAAAACUGAUUGUUUUUCCAGGUGUGAAAAUGUUUAGGUUGUCAAUUAAAGAUAUGAUUCAUUGCACAGAUGCGUGGUAGAGUUGGUUGUAUAGAUUAGCUGUCUCUGUAAGAUUUUAGAUGAGAGAGUUAUGUACGUUUGUAUUAAGUAACACAUCUUUGUAAGGUUUUUUCUUCAAUCUUCAUACUUUAUGCUCAUAUUACCUGUCACAUGGACAUGAUUCCGGCUUCUGUUUGCGUCUGUUGUGACCAUUGAUA